CACAACUCCACGCAAUGACUUCCUCGCCCACAGACCAGCCAGGACCUCUUGUGCGUCUCCCUGCUGAGCUUUUGAAUGCGAUUCUGUCCCAGCUGCCCAACCGCGAUCUGAAGCAUCUUCGGUUAACAUGCGGGUUCCUCCAGGACAGGGCGCACCUCCGCAUCGACCGAGUUUUCAUAUCAGCCAACUCACGAAAUGUUGAAGUGUUCCGCGCCAUUGCGGAUCACGAGACAUUCCGCAUGGGUGUCACCGAGGUCAUCUGGGACGACGCCCGCCUGAAGACCUGGGAACUGGAGGAUCCCGAGCUCGAUGACGACUGGGAUGAGGAUUCGGGUGGAUGCCCGGACUGGUUUGAGAGGACAUGCGAGGCCAACGCUGAGGGGAUGAUAGGCCGUGCUAUCGAUGAGGGAGACCCCAUUGGCGAUAUUGCAAGAGAGAAGCAGCUUGAGGCACAGCUACCAUACAAGGCAUCAUGGGCCUACUACCAGAAGUUGAUACAACAGCAGGACGAAGUGUUGGCGUCUGGCGCCGAUAUUGAUGCCUUUCGGUACGGGCUGGAGCGGUUUCCCUCGCUCAUAAGAGUCACAAUUACACCGGCAACCCAUGGUUUCCUAUUUUCGCCGCUAUAUCAGACGCCCAUGAUUCGGAGCUUCCCCUACGGCUUCAACUACCUUAUCCCACGCAACACCUGGCCUACUAUAGAACAUGACGAGCCGGAGGCACAUCUCUGGAAUGAUGGAGGACCCGGCGACGAGGAGAUGAAAAACCAGUGGCGAGGAUUUCGCGUCAUCACGCGCAUACUAGCACAGGAGCCGCACCAUAACAUUUCGGAAUUUGUUGUUAAUGUUCACCGUCUCAACACGGGGCUGAACUGUCACAUCUUUGACCAACCGAACGAAGAGCAUGACAAUUUCGUCAAAAUCCUUCAACGCCCUGGUUUUCGCCACCUCCAUCUCUCUCUUCUUGUCGGCGGGCUGGAGGAUCAGGGCUGGUCGUCCUAUCGCAACGGUUACUUACAACUUGCCCUGGCCGAGGCAAAAGACCUGGAACAUAUGAGCCUACACACAAAUGUCUGUCGCGACCCAGGCGGCCGCCGUAUAGACCGGCUAAGUAGUAGGCCCAUUGAGGACUUCAUCCCACUGCGCACUAUUUUCCCAAUCGACAAGUGGCCGCGGCUUCAACAUUUGGGUCUCGCGGGCUUCCUGGUAAUGCAGUCCGAUGUGAUGUCCCUACUUUCUGGGCUGCCAUCGACUGUGCGGUCAAUCGAUCUAAGCUUCCUCAAGUUCUUAGAUACCGGCGGCCAUUACAAGGGUCUACUUUGGGAGAUGCGCGACAAGUUGGACUGGCGUUAUUGACCUGUCGAGGAGAGGCCCAAGAUCACCCUCCGUAUUGACUUGUUCGUCCGGAGGCCUGGGAAAUGCAUAUGCCUGAGUCGAGCAGCUGAAGAGGUUAUCUACGGCUAUGGGCGAAAUCCGUUUGGGCAAGAAAACGACGACAGGUCUCCGCAUUUGGUCCGGGAAGCGACAGGGAUUGAAAUAGAUGAAUUUAAUCCUGCCUAUCAACGACCCAAUUCCGGGAUAUAGAAGAUAAAUCAAUGUAUAGUG